AUGGAAAAUUUAAAUCAUGUUUCAAAUGACUUUAAUGACAUUACCGCUGCCGAUAAUAACUUAGGUCUUAGUAAUAAUUCUGAAGGUCCAGUUGUUACUCUCGUUCAAGAUCUUGAUCCAACUUAUGGCAUACCUGAUCUUCAAGCCUACCUAAAUGAACAAUUAAGUAAACGAAUAAUGUUUCUUGAUGGUGCUAUGGGUACUGUUAUUCAGCAGUUAAGUUUAACUGAACAAGACUUUCGAGGAUCGCGAUUUAAGGAUCAUCCUAAAGAUCUUAAAGGAAAUAAUGAUAUACUAGUGUUGACUCAACCUGAAAAAAUUAAACAAAUUCACAUUGAUUACCUGGAAGCGGGAGCUGACUUUAUUGAAACAAAUACUUUUAGUAGUACUUGUAUUAGUCAAGCUGAUUAUGCUUGUGAAAAAUUUGCUUAUGAAUUAAAUAAAGAAUCUGCUAGGCUAGCCAAAGAAGCUUGUAUGGAGGUUACAGCAAGAGAACCAAAUAAACCAAGAUUUGUCUGUGGUGCAUUAGGUCCAACAAAUAGAACCUGUUCUAUUUCUCCCUCCGUUGAAAACCCUGCCUAUCGUAAUGUUACAUUCGAUGAGCUUGUUGAUGCUUAUUCUGAACAAGUUAGAGGUCUUCUGGAUGGCGGUGCCGACAUGUUAUUAGUAGAAACAAUUUUUGACACAUUAAAUGCUAAAGCUGCCCUUUUCGCAAUUGACACGCUAUUCGAAGAAGGUUCUUAUAAAAAAACUCCAAUAUUUAUUUCAGGUACUAUUGUCGAUCAAUCUGGCCGUACUCUCAGUGGUCAAACUGGUGAGGCCUUUGUGGUCAGUGUUAGUCACUCUCAUCCUUUAGCCAUCGGGUUGAAUUGCGCCUUAGGUGCUGAGCAAAUGCGCCCUUUUAUUCAAAAUAUUGCAAAAUUUACAAGUUCAUUUGUAAUUUGUUAUCCUAAUGCGGGUCUUCCAAACACGUUUGGUGAAUAUGAUGAAUCUCCUUCAAUGAUGGCUGCAAAAGUUAAAGAAUUCGCUCGAGACGGUCUAGUCAACUUAUUGGGUGGUUGCUGUGGUACCACACCUCCUCACAUAAAAGCCAUAGUAGAUGCUUGUUCUCAUUACAAACCUCGAGUUCCACCACCUGAUGUUCGUUUGGAAAAUAUGUUAAUAUCUGGUUUGGAAGUCCUGAAAAUUAACAAAGAAUCAAACUUUGUUAAUUUAGGUGAAAGAUGUAAUGUAGCCGGUUCGAGAAAAUUUUGUCGUCAUAUCCUUAACGGUGAAUAUGAAGAAGCUAUGACAAUUGCAAGAGCUCAAGUUGAAAAUGGUGCUCAAGUUAUUGAUGUUAAUAUGGAUGAAGGAAUGUUGGAUGGGAAAGCUGCAAUGACUAAAUUUUUGAAUUUAAUUGCUAGUGAUCCUGAUAUUUCUAGGGUUCCUAUUAUGGUAGAUUCUUCAAAUUUUGAAGUUAUAUUGGCUGGAUUAAAAUGUGCACAAGGAAAGUGUAUAGUUAAUAGUAUCAGUUUAAAAGAGGGUGAAGAAGAUUUUAUUAAAAAAGCAAAGAUUAUUCGAAGAUUUGGUGCUGCUGUUGUUUGUAUGGCCUUUGAUGAGGUAGGUCAGGCUGAUCUAAAAGAUCGUAAAGUGGAAAUAUGUACGAGAGUAUAUAAGAUCUUGACAGAGGUUGUUGGAUUUAACCCUAAUGAUAUUAUUUUUGAUCCAAAUAUUUUGACAAUUUGUACGGGUAUGGAAGAGCAUAAUAAUUACGGUGUAGAAUUUAUUGAGGCUACUAGAGUAAUUAAACAAACAUUACCUGGUGCAAAGGUCAGUGGUGGUGUUUCGAACUUAUCAUUUUCCUUCCGUGGAAUGGAUAAAAUUAGAGAAGCAAUGCAUAGCGUGUUUUUGUACCAUGCAAUUAAAGCUGGUCUUGAUAUGGGAAUCGUAAAUGCUGGAUUCUUGACAAUUUAUGAUGAUAUCUCAAAAGACUUAUUACAAUUAUGUGAAGAUGCUAUAUGGAAUCGAGAUCCUGAUGUUACUGAAAAGAUUUUAGCAUAUGCACAAAAAUUUGGAAAAGGUUCUAAAAAAGAGGAUACUGAAGAAGAAUGGAGGAAAAGUGAUGUACAAUCGAGAAUUAGUUAUGCUUUGGUUAAAGGUGUCGUAAAAUAUAUAAUUGAGGAUACUGAGGAAGCAAGACAACUGUUACCAAGGCCAUUGGAUGUUAUUGAAGGACCAUUGAUGUCUGGCAUGAGCACUGUCGGUGAUUUAUUUGGUGCAGGAAAAAUGUUUUUGCCCCAAGUGAUUAAGUCUGCACGUGUUAUGAAAAAAGCCGUUGCACACUUAAUUCCAUUUAUGGAAGCCGAACGUCAAGCUCAAUUUAUAGCAAGUGGAGAAGAUACGAUGGAUAUUGGUCUACAACAUACUGGUGUUGUAGUUUUAGCUACAGUGAAAGGAGAUGUUCAUGAUAUUGGCAAAAAUAUAGUUGGUGUUGUGCUUGGUUGCAAUAAUUAUAAAGUUAUAGAUUUGGGUGUGAUGACUCCAUGUGAAAAAAUUAUUGAAACUGCUCUUAACGAGAAAGCUGAUGUUAUUGGUCUGUCAGGAUUGAUUACACCAUCUCUAGAUGAAAUGAUAAGUGUUGCUAAAGAAAUGGAAAGGCGCGGCUUGAAUCUUCCAUUACUUAUCGGUGGUGCAACAACAUCCAAGGCUCACACUGCUGUAAAAAUUUCACCCAAAUAUUCUCAACCAACGAUUCACGUAUUAGAUGCUUCAAAGAGUGUUGUUGUGGUAUCAAAUCUUUUAGAUGAAGAGAAGAAAGAGGAAUUUUGGGAGGAUAUAGCAGAAGAGUAUGAAGAAAUUCGUGAAGAUCAUUAUGCGUCAUUAAAAGAUCGCAAGCACUUGUCAUUAAAAGCUGCUAGAGAAAAAAAAUUUGAGAUAGAUUGGAAAAAUCAAGCACCACCUGUUAAACCAUCAUUUAUUGGGAAAAAAGUAAUUGAUGGUUAUGAUUUGAAGCGAAUUUCUGAGUAUAUCGAUUGGAAUCCAUUCUUUCAAAUGAAAAAUGAAUUGACUUUAACGAAUAUUAUUUGUGAAUUAGGCAAUUACGUGGAAGAUAUCCUAAUCGUGGUUUUCCAAAGAUUUUUAACGAUGAGCAUGUUGGCAAGUACGGAAGCAAAAAGGUUACACGAAGAAGCAUUGGCUUUUGUUAAAAAAAUCAUUGAUGAAAAGUUGUUUGUUGCUAAGGGAAUUGUUGGGAUUUAUCCUGCUAAUAGUUUAGAUGAUGAUAUACAGGUUUACGAAGAUGAACUACGAUCUAAAGUUUCUGCAACAUUCUUUGGUUUGAGGCAACAAUCCCAAAAAGAAACUGAUGAUCCAUACUUUUGCCUUUCCGAUUUUAUUGCACCUAAAGAUUCUAGCAUACCGGAUUAUUUAGGCUUAUUUGCUGUAGGAAUAUUUGGCGCAGAAGAAUUAUGCAAAAAAUUCCAAGAAGAUAAUGAUGAUUAUAAUAUAAUAAUGACUAAAGCAAUCGCAGAUAGAUUUGCAGAAGGAUUUGCGGAAUGCUUACAUGAGGAUAUACGAAAAACAUUGUGGGGAUUUAGUCCAAAUGAAGAUUUAUCACUAGGAGAUAUGUUAAGUGUAAAAUAUCGGGGAAUUCGACCUGCUCCUGCAUAUCCGUCACAACCUGAUCAUCGUGAAAAAACCACAAUGUGGAAGUUGAUGAACAUUUAUGAAGAAACGGGAAUCGAGUUGACAGAAGGACUAGCUAUGUUACCCGCCGCUAGCGUAUCAGCUUUGGUAUUUGCAAAUCCUGAAUCGCAGUAUUUCGCCGUUGGAAAAAUUGAAAAAGAUCAGGUUAAUAAAUAUUAUAACAUAAUUAUUGUCGGAAUUCUGGAUGCUGAAAUUGACAGUAAAAAAAGUGCACGAUGUGCAUCGAGCACAUUUUGUACAUCUUAG